AUGAGGUGCUACUGGAUCAUUGUGGGCAGCCUCCACUGUGAGACGUCUUCGACCUGGAAGUGUGAGAGAACCCUCCAUAGCACGCAACAGAUUCCAGCUUGCCCAUGGCUGAGGGCAAAUGGUGGCACCAUAGUCGCCUCAUGGAGUAAAGUUCGUGCAAAGGCACCAAUCACGACUCAGGUCCCUACACGCCGCCCAAGAGUGCGCGCCGCUGCAGAGGAGGGCCCGGCGGGCGGUGGGCUUGCGGGCGGUGGGCUUGCAGGCAUGGUGGUCCCCGGUGGUGUGCUUGAGUGUCAAGAUCAGGAGAGGAAGCCCCAGCUUAGAAAUGCCAUCGGGGCGGGCGCAGCGAGCUUUCGACGAGCCCCAAUUGAGGCAAAGGCCAAAAGGGGAGAGGCCCAGGCCGCACCGCAGGGACCAACUGGCGCCGGCCCUGGUGCGGGACUGGACUGGACAGAUUGA